AUGAUUGAUUGGAUAACUAUUGCAGUUGCUUUAGCAAUAAUUGCUGCAUUAGUUGUUUUUUUUGGCUUCGUGGCAUGGAAAAUUAACAUGCCUGAUCCAUUGGGGUCAACUAAUUUAACGGGAAAAAAAGAUGAUAUCAAUCAACUAUUUGAUUCAAUUGGGGACAAGAAAAAGAAAGAUAAAUCAGCUAGUGAACAAGCAAAGAAGAAACGUAAAGAACAAAAAAAAUUAAAACGUGAGAAUAAGGAAGAAGAUCAUCAACGGCACGUAGUGAAGUUUAAGGAACCAAAUGAAGAAAGUGAUAAUGAAAGAGAAGAGAGUGACCAAGAAUCUUCUUCACCACUACCACCAACUAUUCAACUAUCAUCAAAACCUCGUAAACGCAAUAAAAAGAAGACAUCAUCACCAACUCAUAUUGAAGGUAUUCUUAUUAAUAAGGGUGAAAAAAGUCCAGUUACAAGUCAAGCUGCACAUAUUGCGCAUCCAUUAUUAGCAACUACAAUACCUAAGGAUGAAGUAGAAUUAGCUAAGCAACAUGGCAAAGGUCAUAUGAAAUCACCUCAACAAUCAAAUAAACAAGUAGUACAAGCAACACCUCCUGCUGCAUCAGCUAAAAAACCAACAGCAUCAUCAUCAUCAACAAAUGUUAAUCAAGAUGUUCAAAAGCAGCAGCAGCAACAAGAACAACCAUUUACUACAGUUGUUAAUAAUCGACAUAAGACUGUAACACCACCAUUACAACAACAACAACAACAACAACAGCAAAAUAAAUUCGUCAAUACAUCAUCGGCAACAACAACAACAGUAGCACCUAUUACUACUACUACUACUACUACUGUAUCUGCCCCAGCAGUUCAACAGGCAGCUCCAGUUCCAGCUCAACAUGAGCAGUUACCUCAACGUUCAACACCUCGUCAACAAGAGGCACCGGCUCGAGUCAAUGGUUUAAAUACAAAUCUAUCAACUGUAAAACAACCAGUUGCUGCUCCACUGACAAAACUUGCAGAUAUUGUUAAAACUCUUCCAACAUCACAAACUGUUGUUACUGAGCUUAUGUUAGCACUUGAUGCAGUUACUUUAUCAACUGAUGAACUUGAUAUAAUCAUGCAUAAAAUUGCUAAUAAACAAGCUGUUAUCAAAAAAGAUUGGACUAAAUUACAACAUGGUCAAAAAGUUGAUCCUCAAGCACAUAUUGGUCAAAUCUUAUAUGAAUCUGCUAGAGCAGUCGAAGAAGAUUUGAAAACCAAUGCUAUGAAACGCGUACAAGAAUUAACUGAUGAACGUAGCAAUGAUAAACGUCUCAUAAAUGAAUUAUUGAAAGAGAAAAAUGAGAAAGAAAUAAAUAUGCAAGUGCUACAUGCUCAAUUAAAUGCAUGUCAACAUCCACAACAACAAAUUCAUAAAUAUGAAGCGGAAUAUCAAAGACUUACAGAGGAAAAUAUGCAACUAAAACAACGAUUAACGCAUCAACAACAACAUUUUCAACAGCAACAACAGCAAUAUUCAUCAUUAAAUAUAAUGAACAAUAAUGGCGAUGCAACAAAUAUUCAACUUCGUGUAUUAAGUGAACAAACAAAAAAGUUGUCUGUUGAUAAUGCAAAUUUAGAAAAGCAAACCAAUGCAAAAGACCAAUUAAUCAAAGAAGUACAAAAAGAAAAAGAUGAUUUACUUCGUUCAAAUCAACAAUUACUACAAAAAGUGCAAGAAGCUCAAAAGCAAUACCAACUCAAUGAAGAAAAAGUACAUAAAGAAUUUAGCGAAAAACAAAACUUACAUUUAAAUCAAUUAAAUGAAUUUAAAUGUCGUAUUCAACAAUUAGAAUUAGAUAAGGAAAAGCAACGUCAAGAUACUCUUGCUCAAAUCGAAGCAAUGCAACCAUUACAAUUAAAUAAUGAAGAACGUGAAAAAUUCGAACAAGAAAUAAAUCAACUAAAGCAAAAAUUUAUCGAAGGAAACGAACAAAAUAAAAAGAAUCUCGAUGAAAAACAAUCUCAGUAUCAAUCUAAUGAUAAUGAACUACGUCAACAAAUCGAACAAUUGAAGAAAACUAUUGAACAAUGUCAAACUAACGAAACUCAAAAUAAUGCACUCGCAGCUAAAACUGCACAAAUCGAUGCAUUACAAUCCGAACUUGCCGAAGCUAAAGCCAAUAAUGAUGCUAUAAAGUCACAAUUAGAUGAACAUGUUCGACAAGAAAAAGAUAAGCAAAAACAAAUUCUCAUCGAACUUCUUGCACAGGAUGCGCGAAACCAAUUACCAAAUGAUAAUCAAGAUUUUAAUGAAUGGCUCUCAUCAUAUCGGCGCAUAUUCGAGGCAAGUGCCGAAGCAACGAAGCAAACUUCACACGAUGAAUCUGCAGCACUUAAACGUGAAAAUGAUCAACUUCAUAAGAAUAUGCGAGAAGUUGAAAGUCAAUUGAAAGAAAUUGAACAAGCCGUCCAAAGUAAAGAAGAAGUUUUACUUGCUGAUUUGAAAUGUAAAGAUACAACAUUGGGAAGCAUUCUUGGUGAAAAUGAACAAUUAAAUAGUGAAAUACAGCGUUUACGUAGCGAAAUCAAUCGUUUACAAUCAGCGCAUGAUACAACAGUUGAUGAAAAUCGUCUAUUAAAAGUUCAAUUUGAGGAACAAAAGCUUCUUAUUGCUAAUAGUUUACCUACGACUGCUGAUGAUGAUUUACUCGAAUCAGUAACACAGCAGUCGCCGUUCUCAACUGAGAUGGACACUCGUGUUGAUGAAUUAAAUGAAUUAAUGCGAUCAAGCAAGGAAGCUCUUGAUAAUCAAGAUUCGAUUGUUCAACAGCUUGAUAAACACUUGAACGAAUUGAAUCGCAGUGGAAUCGGAGGGCCAUCAACAUCAAAUGUCGAUGAAACAACAGUAUCUUCUUCUUUUGAUCAAAAACAAAUUGAAUCUUGA